CGUCACUCUCAGCCGUCGGCGGGGGCUGCGAGGCGCUCCGACUGCUUUCACUGCAGCUGGAUUCGGCUGAGCUGACGGAGACGCCGGGGCAACGGAAGAGGACGAGCGCAUCAGUACCAAACUAUUGCAUUUGGGACAUCAUCUCAAUAUCUCUACAUUAAAGCCGUGGGGGCGUUAAACUUUAACCACAGAAACAUAUCCUGGCUGGAGGGAAAAGAGGCUGAUUCCAACAGAAACGACAUAAGCAUCCACAUCGUUUGGGAUUGUUUGUAUUUAAUUACGCACUUCAGAAUGGACGUUGUGGGGAUUUACCUGUUUCAGCUGAUCUUCAUCGCUUCUCUUGCUGGCAUCCUGCAGGUGGCGCUAUCCGCCGGGCAGGACUGCCUGCAGGCGGGCGACAGCUGCUCCAGCGACGAGGCGUGCAGUCCCCGGCUGCGGACCCUGCGGCAGUGCGUGGCAGGCGAUGGCAGCGUGAAGCUGGGCCCCGGUGCACGGAAUCAGUGUGCCAGUGCUGUGUCGGCACUGCUCUCCAGCCCGCUGCACGGCUGCCAGUGCAAGCGAGGCAUGAAACGUGAGAAGAACUGCCUGAGCAUCUACUGGAGCCUGCACCAGUCCAUCCUGCAUGGACUCAACUUGGUGGAGAGCUACCCAUAUGAAGCAGUGGAGAAAGGGUACGGCUAUGUGCGCCUGGCCUCAAUCGCUGCUGGCUCGGAAGUUGGAGUAGCGACAGUGAACCGCUGCCUGGAUGCAGCUAAGGCCUGCAAUGUGGACGAGACAUGCCAGAAGCUGCGUACGGAGUACGUGUCGGCGUGCAUCAAGCCGGCGGGCCGCGCGGCUCACUGCAACCGGCCCAAAUGUCACAAGGCGCUGCGCAAGUUCUUUGACCGCGUGCCGGCAGACUACACGCAUGAGCUGCUGUUCUGCCCCUGCACGGACACGGCCUGCGCAGAGCGCCGCCGGCAGACCGUGGUGCCAGCCUGCUCCUACGAGGCCAAGGAGAAGCCAAACUGUCUGGCUCAGCUGCGCGCCUGCAAAGCCGACUACGUCUGCAGGUCCCGUCUGGCACAGUUCCAGUACGACUGCCAACCCUCUGAGCAGACGGCCAGCGGCUGCAAGCAGGACAACACCGGAGCCUGUCUGCUGGCCUACACAGGCAUGAUCGGCAGCACCAUCACUCCCAACUACAUAGACAACUCCACGUCCAACGUGGCCCCAUGGUGCUCUUGUGCAGCCAGUGGCAACCAGCGAGAGCAGUGCGCUGACUUCUUGGAGUACUUCACGGACAACGUCUGUCUCAAAAAUGCUAUUUUGGCAUUUGGGAAUGGGACAGACCUGAGCUCCACUCCCACCCAGUCGGGGCAGCCCAGCACGGUGCCGGAUAGUGACGAUCCAGGUGCCGCUCCUCCCGUCAUCAUGGUGACCGACCGAAACAUCCUGAGUGCCAUGAUACCCACACAGGCCUUGGAGAAGGACAAGCUGUGGGGUGACCCCACCCUGCCGGCUGCCCCCAUCCCUCCCAGCCGCAGCGCUGUCGAUGUGCUGUCAGCUUCCUGGACUGGACUUUUGCUCUCUGUGCUGCUGAGCUAUAUCCACUAGAGGGUGCUGUUCUAACUCAGGGGCCCCAUGAUUGAACUCUGUGGGGCUGGCUGACGGAGUAUUACUUCUAUGUCGGUGGGGAGAAUGUGGAGCCCACCUCCCUACUGACUACCUACAGUUAUCUCUUUUUUUGUUCUUUAAUCUGAGGUCCAGCUGCACUUGUGAUUCCUUGAGAGAUGUGUACAAAAGCUUACUCUGUGUAUAGCCUGUCUAUGGGAGCAGAUGUGCAAGCUGGCGUAAUGCCAGGUGUAAAAUGUGUGUCUCACUCUCCGUUUUGAAGAAGUGGACUCCCUGUCAGAACAUUCCUAAAUGUUUCAGUUAAGCAGACUAUCUCAGAGCUACCAUCUCUGGAUGCUCUGGCUGUAUAGAAAUGGUUCAUGUCAUCGUUUCUCAUGCCCCAUUCCCUGCAGGUGUGUAUGGCAGAAGCGGCUGGACACUUUGGUCUGUAUUGUUGGGAUGUUUCUUGCUGCCACCUCCACUGGCUGUGAGAUUGGAACUAUAUUUUUGUAAUGAGUGUGCUUCAGUGUGGACAGUUAUUCCCCAGCACCAUGCCUGGAUGAUGUGUGACACCCCCAUACACUCUGUGUACAUCUACCCUCAAGGAAGACUGUACCAUUUCAAUUGGAGGAAGAGUACUUUAUCGUUUUGAAAAGAAUGUACAGUACCAUUUAUGAACAGAAAUAUGAAUAUGUUGUUCUUCAGCUUGUAACAGUGCCACCUAGAGGGGAACUGAUGGAUUGUGGCAUUUUUCCCCAGGCUGACAGAAUAAAGGAUUUCCCAAUUA